CACACAACAACAAUCAAAUUGUACCAACUUUUUUUUUUAUUUCUUUUAAUAUCAUCUUUCUCAAGUAUUUCUUCUCUUCUACUCAUCCUAUUUUUUCCCACUGCCAUCACUACUCUGUCACUUGGGUUUUCUUCUUUUUAUUCUGUUUUUACUUUGCAUUUUGGAAAUACCCAUUUGCUAGAAACAGCUUACAAAAGUAAAGGGUUUUAUCUCUGCCGAGUAAGAUAUAUAUAUAUAACAAGCACCUGCAAUGGGUUCUGCAGACUGGCUUAAGAAUGUAAUCGGUAUGAGAAAAGCAAAGGAUGGGAGAUCGAAAAAAAAUAAGGGAACAUCAGCAAAUAAAAAGUCUAAUGGAUGCAAAGGGCAUAAUCCCCUGCAGAAAGAGCCUUCUAAAAUAACCAAUAUUGUCUUGAUCAAGAACCAGAGGGAAAUGGGAAUACCUAUUGAAGAUAGAGCAGCUAUUAAGAUUCAGACAGCAUUCCGCGCUUAUUUGGCUAGAAAAACUUUACGUCGAUUAAAAGGACAUACAAGGUUACAAUCCCUGACACAACGUCCUUCAGUGAAAAAACAAGCUUCAUCAGCUUUGAACUAUAUCUGUUCAUGGAACACCAUGCAAAAUGAGAUAAGAGCUCGUCGUGUCCACAUGGUAAUGGAAGGGCAUCUUAAGAGGAAGAAGCACGAGAAUCAAUUGAAGCUAGAGACAAAGCUUCAAAACAUAGAGAUAGAAUGGAGUGGUGGCCCCGAAACAAUGGAAGUUAUUCUAGCAAGGAUUCACCAGAGAGAAGAAGCAGCUGUUAAACGCGAACGAGCUAUGGCCUAUGCAUUUUCUCAUCAGUGGAGGGCCAAUUCCAACCCAGUAUUUGGUUCUGGAAAUAAUGAAAUGAACAAAGCUAAUUGGGGCUGGAGCUGGAAGGAUCGGUGGGUUGCUGCUCGACCAUGGGAAAGCCGAGCUCUUGUUCAUGCAAGUCCAAAGAAAGUCAACGACAAAGCAAACAAGAACACUAAAAGUACUACAAGCCCGAUAAAGAAAACACCAGUUUCUGUUAUAUUAACUUCUCUCAAUGGGAAAGGCACUAUAAAGGCUAAAAAGUCCAAUGAAGUAGCUGCACAAAAAGUGAUGAGCAACGAAGUUAAGGAGACCAGCAGUGAAAAACAAUAGAUGGUAAUCGAAGCUUACUGAAAAUACGAAGCCUAGACAUUUCGGGUUAUGCAUUUUGCUGGUGA